UUCAUUUACUGUACAGUGAACGGUAAUAUAAUCGACAAUUCUCAAUAAAAAUAUUAUGCUGCGAUACUGCUUUUAUUGAUAAAAAUAUCUCUGAAAAGAGAAAUAUUGAAUUAAUCAUGCAGGCACCUGUCGGGAACGGCCUGAAACAGAUAAAUUCCAGCGAGACGCUGCCGCUGCCAUGUCAAAAAGAAUUCUGCGUGGGAACUCGAAGAAGCCAGCUCGCCAUAGUGCAAACAAAUUAUGUGGUCAGUCGGCUUCGUGAAAUAAAUUCGCGAGUGGAUUUCUCCAUAAUUGGAAUGGACACUAUCGGAGAUGACAUCCAAGUCACGGCGCUGUCGAAGAUUGGUGAAAAAUCGUUGUUCACAAAAGAGCUAGAAGUAGCGCUGGACCAGAAGAAAGUCGAUUUUGUCGUGCAUUCCCUAAAAGAUUUACCCUCAACCUUACCGGAAGGACUAACCAUCGCAGCAGUUUUACUACGAGAAAAUCCCCAAGAUGCCGUAGUACUUCGCCAGGAUCACCAUGCGCGCUGUAAGACAAUACAGGAAGCCGGCAACACAUGGACACUGGCCAAUCUGCCGGAGGGCGCGGUUGUGGGAACGAGUUCGCUGCGUCGCGCGGCACAACUGAAACGGCAUUAUCCGCAUUUGCUCUUCAAAGAUGUGAGAGGUAAUCUUAACAGCCGAUUGAGGAAACUGGAUGAUGCCAACAGCCCCUACGAUGCUUUGAUUCUCGCUACAGCUGGACUGCUGCGUUUGGGUUGGCAAGAUCGAAUUAGCAUUAUUUUGCCGACUGCCGAUUGUUUGUACGCCGUGGGUCAGGGUGCGCUGGCCGUCGAAUGUCGCAGUGAUGAUGUGGAAACAUGCAACCUUCUGCGAGGGUUGGUCGACCCCGAUACAACGUUGUGCUGCGUUGCGGAAAGGGCACUGUUAAAGUAUUUGGAGGGCGGUUGCAGCGUACCGUGUGCGGUCAGUACAUGCAUUCAAGAACAUACUCUUUCGAUGAAAGCCGGAGUGUAUAGUCUGGAUGGAUCUCAAGCGGUAGAAGAUUGUAUUGAGGUGAAUUUACUUCCGGUGGAGCCGGUGGAGAACGAAUACCAGCUGGACAGCGAUUAUGUUAGUAUCCACCACCAACACCUAAACAGGACAAUGCUGGACGCUGCUGUGCAAGCCGGCAUAACGUUAGCCAAGAAAUUAGAAGCAAAUGGCGCCCUGAAUAUUCUAAACGAAGCACGACGCCAGACACGGGCCGCCAAUAUUAUUAAUCUUCCAACAUCGGGCAGUGCGAAAAAUGCCGUUUGAAAAUCUGGUGUACCUCAUGAUCAGUAACCCGACAACAGAGCUGUGAAAAUUAAUAAGGCCCGAAUUUUCCUCUACGAAACUUCUAUAUUCAAGUGCGAAUUAAGCAGAAUGCUGCUAGGACAGUGCUUUAUAUCCGUUGCUUCAGUUAAGUGCAUUAAUGUAUUUAACUGCAGUUGCAGGAAAUUAUUGUACGUAGCAAAGUCGUCGUUAAUACAGCCAAUGGAUUGAUAAAUCGAAGCGUACAAAUUAGGCGAAAAUUAUUAAAAUUAAAGGUAAAAAAAAAGAUUUGUGUUCGUCACUCGAGUGAGCUGAGCCGGUACGUGGCAAAACAUACAGACAUAAACAUCAAAAUUAAUUAACUAUAUUUACUGGCUUGAGCCGAUACGCCAAUAAUUCAGGCCCACAAAAAAGCCAAAUUAAAAUUUUGUCCAGCCCGCGCAAGUGGAGCCGUCGGCAAAAUGCCCA